AUAAAGAAGCACGGAAAGGAGAAUAAUGAUGGGCGGGAAACUGUUGGUAGAAAGCCUCGAAGACGACCACAUAAGGUUCGUAAGGAUCACUGGCAAGGGUAUAAACGACUUCCCAAUGAGCAACAAUAUGCAGACGAGGUCGGAACAGGUACUAGCAUUGAACCUUCAGAAGAGGAACUUUCUGAUUUGUCACAAGCUUGCAACAGGCUGUGGCAACUUGAUUUAAACCGUUUGGAACCUGGAAAGGAUUACCAGAUUGACUGUGGUGGAGGGAAGAAGGUUCACCAGAAGGGAGAUAUGGCAGAAGACAGCCUAUUUUAUUCUCUGAGUGAAGACAUAUUUAGAAGACCUACAUUCUCUCGUUUCUGUGCUCUCUUAGAUAAUUACAACCCUAAUGUUGGGUGCAAAGAAGUCGUCACAACUGAGGAGAUACAAGAGCAGACUGCUUUCAUAGAAGAAAUCAGUAGAACUGCGCCUAUUAAAUAUCUUUACAGGUACCUUUCUUUGAAGGGCAUUGUAUCUGAAAACUAUCAAGAUUUCAAAAGAAUGUUGACAAAGUUAUGGUUUGAUCUUUAUGGUCGAGGCGGAGCAUCUGAUUCCUCUUCCGCUUUCGAACACGUUUUCGUUGGAGAAAUCAAGCAAUGUGGUGGGGAAGAAGUCACUGGCUUCCACAAUUGGCUUCAGUUUUACCUAGAAGAAGCAGAAGGAAGAGUUGAUUAUCAAGGUUAUAUAUUACCCCGAAGGCGAGGGGAAGCCCCAGACUCUGAAACACAGUUGCUUUCAAUUCAGUUCCAAUGGAAUGGGGUCCUUAAAGCUGUGUCAACCAUAUUGAUUGGUGUCAGCCCUGAGUUUGAAAUUGCUCUCUAUACUCUGUGUUUCUUUGGGGGUGAAAAGGAUAACCAUGUACAGCUCGGUCCAUACUCGGUUAACAUCAAAUGCUACCGGUUCGGGGAUAAAAUCAGUUCCGUGUUUCCGAUAGCAUAA